UUUUCUUGUCUGAAUCCUUACAGAAAGCCUUGACUGAUGCCUCCCUUUAUGCCCUCUGAUGCAAUCCCAGUACAUAAUUGGAAAAAGUUCAUGGAGAGGUUUAUUGACAAACCCUUGCAACAAAUGUAACUAUCAGGGGUUUCUUCCUUGAAUCUUUGUCUCCAUGGACUUGGAGGAAAGCCUGGCACCUGGGGCAAGGAGGAUGAUUCACAAACAUGUUUUUCUUCUUGUGUUUUUCACCAGGACAGAAGACCUGAACUGCAGAGCCUCAGGGCAGGAAAAGUAUCAGAUUCCCCCAUGGAUGAGUGGACAGAUGUUCGAAAGAAGUCAGAUGGAGCAGUAUUAAAGUGGCUAGUUUCAAGCAAUCACACACACACACGCGCGCACGCUCUAUGUAUGCACCUGCAUGACCCUGCAUGUUCACUGCUGUUGUGUCCUAGGGUUUUACACAUUUGAAGAUGUUUCCUUUGAUUUUUCUGUUGCUCUUUCUGCAGCUGUUUCCCCUUGUGACUUGUCAGGAUGGUCCCGACUGCUAUUCCCAGAUGGACCAGAGUUUUUACAAGGAUGGAGAUAUUGAGAUUGCUGCUUUUUUGCACAUUUACACAUAUGAGGUUCCCAGAACCAUGAUGAGGUUCAGCAAAUAUCGAAGAUUCAGAUGGUUUCAGUCCAAAAACUACCAGUAUGUUCUGGCCUUGGUUUUCGCUAUUGAGGAGAUCAACAAAAACCCCCAUCUUUUACCCAACAUGACCGUGGGAUUUGGUCUCUAUAAUGUCAUGCACAGUCAUAUGACGGUAAUGGAGAACCCCUUCAUCUGGCUUGCGGGACUGGAAGAGGACAUUCCUAAUUACACAUGUAGGAAACAGAGCAAGUCUGUUGCUGUAAUUUCAGAAAGUAGCAUUGCUGUCCAAAUGGGGACCCUGCUGGAACUCUACAAAAUUCCACAGUCUCAGCAGUACAGUAAUUAUUUUCAGGUCCAAAUGUUACUGAGGAUGCUCAUCUACAAUGAACAUAAGGGAUCUCAUAUAAUUUGCACAGUUCUUUAUUCUAGUAACUUUAUUACAGAUAGUUGUCCUAGGUACACUGAGAAAAUGAGUGUUGGUAGCUUGGACUGCACUGUUGGAAAUAGUCGGAAUCUCACAGCUAGAUAUUUUUGA